AUGGCCGACAGCAGCUCAGAUCCGUCCAACAAGCUGGAGGGCGCGACAAUCCCGAUUGCGCAGCUAUGCCCAGCGACCCCACGCGAGAAGGCCGUCCACGGCGUGGUCACGAUUGUGUGGCCUUACAACUCAGUCAAGAACUUGAUCUCCUUUACCCUCGCCGAGCCCGAAUUCCGCCUCCGUCGACUCAAGGGACAAGCGCGCAUCAACUUCUCCGGCUCCACCGCGAAAGCCAUCUCGGAAUCCGGCCUAGGGAGCGGCGACAAGGUCCAGCUACAACUAGAAGGUGUUGAAUUCCUACCGAACGAGACAAAAGCCCGCGUUCCUGGCGCUGAGCUGGAGUGGCAGCUCAACUUCUCCGAGCGUGUAGUCUUGCGGGUUCAGCUCGGCGACUCGGGCGAAACCAAGACUAUCGAUAUCGAUCACCCAGCACAACCGCAACCUGAGCCUGAACCUGAGAUUGCAGCGCCACCGUCACCAGAGCCUCACGUCGACCUGUCAUCCCUAGAUCUACCGCUGCCGCCACCGCCCACCGUGAUUAGCUCCACGCCUGCCAAGAGCGCCGCUUUCUCGAGGCUUCAGGACGGGGAGUUUGAAUCUCCCGCCUUCAAGCGCGCCCGCAUCUCGUAUGGAUCGCUGUUCGAAGAGGAUAUCUUUGAGGAUGACGGCGGCGCCAAGGGGAGAGGCAGGAAGAGAGCUCGAUUCGGACAGAGCAUAGGGUCCUGGCGCUAUACCAGCCAGUCCCCAAGCCCAGAGCGUUCGUCGCCCGAGGGGGAGGAAGACGUGGCUGGAGAUAUCGAUGAGCCAACAAAGUCCUCGCCCCGGCCUCAAAUGACCGAUGGCGCAUGUCAAACAAUGGAGCUUGAUCUUUCUGAGCCCCCUGUCCGGGAAACAGCUGUCGAGAUUCCUCAGGUCCUCCAGCAGCCAGCCCAGCAGGCGAACCCGUUCCUCAACGCCGGCUUCGUAGACCAGGGACAUCAGACCCUCCCAAUGAGUGGGUGGGGCUCUGCGGCAGUUGUGUCACAGUCACCUUUUGCGAGCUCUGGGUUCCUCAGCAGCCAAGAACAGGCUGCGCCGUUUGGCUCGGGGGCAGGGCUUGGGCAGGGCUUGGGCGAAGCACACCAGGGGUGGGGGUCUUCAUCUACGGCGGGCCAGCAAACACCGUAUCCGGAGCUACCACUGGAUUCACAUCAGGAGCACAUCGCGCCAACUGUAGAGCAGCCUUUCGCAACACCAGCAGCAUAUGGUUUCGGAGGUGUCGUGCCUGGGAUUCCCGCUGAGCAUGCAGGAGAGGCCGGCGCUGCAGGUCCUAUUGAUGUGUCGGGGAAUGUCGAGUCCGACCAUGUUCACGCUGAGCCGUUAGCAACGAUGAGCUACCCGGUUCUCCCACUUGAAGAGCCUUCUUUGACCGGACAAGCUUCCCCGGCACACCCUGUUGCGCAUGUUCCGGCGGCUUUUCCCUUCACUAAACCAGGCGUACCACUUGCAGAAGAAACUGUGACUGUUCCAGCGAACCCUUUCGCUCGCGAGGGCGAUGUGUCUUUCGAACGGGCAGGCAUCAAUGCGGGGGCUUCGUCGUGGGCUUCCGUCAACAACAAGCAAGCAGAGAACCAAACUACAUCCCGACCCUCAUCAGAUCAGUUAGGAAGCACUGAUGGUCAGACACCGGACUCCGCUUUAGUCAUUAACGAAAGCGAGUCGGAGGGUGAUGAUGGCUCUCUAGAGAAUCAAGAGACGGGAGAAGCUGCAAGUUCGCUGCCAGAGCGUGCACAACACGCGCUUUCACACACUGGCGCUGAUCACCUUCGAGAACGUGUUCCGUCUCCUCCCGGAAUCCGUGAAGAGGGCUUGGAGGACGAGGAGCAAAUAGAUGAGGAUGACGUUUCAGACCGGUAUGACGAUGAGUACGAUGAAGACGAUGCCGGAGGUGAUUACGACACACGCAAGUACCUUCGUCCUUUGGACGACGAAGAUGAUGGCAAUGAUUAUGACCUACGCCAACAUCGACUGGAGCCGGAGUUUGAUGACGGCGAGGAGGAAGAGAGCUACGACGAGGACGAGGAGGAAUAUGAUUCGGACGAGCUUGGAGACCGCCCGGAAGGCUUUGAGGGGCGUCCGGAUAUGGUCGGUGAUGUUUUAUCUCCAUCAGGACCCCAACGGCAACCUCUUCCAGUCCAGCGACAGAUGAUGCGACUACCCACAUCCGCGCCUGUUGUGAUAGACCUGCUGUCCGAUUCCGAUGACGAUGCAGAAGCACCCCCGUCUCGGCCUGUUGCUAGUAGCAUGCCUUCAGGCCGCGCCUUACCUCUACCAUCACAGCCUGUAGUGAUGUCACCCGAGUACGGUCCAGAAAGCGACGAGGAUGAAGAUAACGUGGAUGAGGAGGAGGAUGAAGACGUGGAAGAAGAAGACGCGGCGGAAGAAGACGCGGAAGAGGAAGACGCAGAAGAGGAAAGCGAUGAAGUGGAAGAAGAAGAAGACGUUGAAGGUGAGGAAGACGAGACCGACGAGGAAGUGGAGCGUGAACUGGAUCAAACCCAAGCCUUUCUGAGACAUCAAGAGGAGCAGCUUCAAGUCAAAGAUGCUUAUAGCGACGAAGAAGAUGCGAGCGAACUCGAACAUGAGCACGAGGACGAUGAAAACGACAAUGCCGGCACUGAGCUUCGAGAGGACGACGGUGAAGCCGGCGUCAAUGAUGGAGAUAUCGACCCAGGUCCUGUUGCCGUCCAAGCGGCUCCAAUUCUGCAGUCUCAGGAUGUUCCAUUGGCGGAUGAGCUGAACGACCAACGACAGUCACCUGUGUUACCCCUGACAAUCAUCGAGAAAGAGGAUGUGCAAAUGGCGGAGGGAGCAGCCGAGGAGGAGCAGCUAAGUCCGGUAGAUCUGGUCGAAACUGACGGGCCUGGCCUUGAUCAUGUGGAUGAUGAGCCCGCUCAGCCUGCGAGUCAAAACUCAGAUCAUGCAUCACAGAGUCAGGAGAAACCCGCAGAACCGAUAGACAAUGCCAUUGUCGUCGCUUCCUCACCCCCUGCAACGCAAUCAUUCCAGUCACAGAUAAUAGAGGAGAUGGAUGAAUUUGCCACGCAGGAGACAGAUGUUGUGGAGGGUCCUCAGGCUCUAACUGAUCAACUCCCUACUCCUCUAGAUACCCAAGUGGUGGAGUUGCAAAAGAUGACGGUCGAAAAGAUGGAGGUAGAUGGCGAAGGGGAAGUUAUUGAGGAGAGUGCUGAGCAUCAAACAUCUCUUAUCAUUGAGAAAGUACCUGAGGCUGAACAACCAGCCUCCGCCGAAGAAGCCCAUCCAUUACCUGAGCAGACAGCUGUAUCGCCAGACCGUGCGUCAGCCAAGUCGACUGUGGCGCACGACGACAUGAUGGAGAUCUCGGAACAGCCGGAAAUGCCGAUCGAUGUGUCUGAUCCAAUCGUUGAAAGUCAUGUUGAUGCCGGCGGUGAACCUGUGGAGGGACGUCUUAAUGAUGCAAGCUCCUUUGUGUCCCAGGUUGACGAUGAAGACGCCUUCCAAGCUAUCAGCCCAGAAGAAGACUCACACGAUGUCGAAGAUACUACGCAAGAAGCUGCUUUGCUGACCGAGCUCGUGGAGCACGCCCCUCAAGAGGCAUCCAAUCUCAAACGUCACUCUCGAGCUACAUCUCCAGAACUCAAGCAGACUCCUGCUAAAGAGGCAAUUGAGCCCGUGAUUGUCGUGGAAAGCCCGGAACGACCGCAAGUCCUCGAUCCAGUUUCAGGGGACGACACCGACGACGCACUUGAUCCCAGCGUUAGGCUUGCAAAAGCUGCCGUCGCCUCAAAGAAGGGCAGCCGGAAGCGGGAAGUUACACCGGAGGUACAUCGACCACAGACAAGAUCUAAGAGCCUGCAGAAAAGCCCGACGCCCGAGGUUGCAGAUGAUAGUGUCCAACUUGCCAAGGCCUCUCUCAAUACACCCACGAAGACAGAAAAAGCGGAUGCCAAGACCGUAACCAGCUCACCCGCUUCUUCGAGAGUCGAUGAAGAGCCUGGUUCGAUUACGGCUUCCAAGUUGAAGCUCGUUCGCCAUCUGCGCGAUGAGUUGCCCGACUGCACGACUUUGAAGGUGCUACGACAACACAUGGGCAAGGCCGUCGAGGUCAUGGCCAUGGCCAUGAUGAGCCCGCCUGAUCCUCAGCGUGCCAAAGGCGGCCCGCGAGAGUACAUGAUGUCCUUCUCCAUCACGGAUCACAGCAUUGGCCCGGCGGGUGUUGCCGAGGUACAGCUGUACCGCCCACACAAGGAGUCCCUGCCCAUAGUCAAGGCUGGUGACCCUGUGCUACUGCGCAAUUUUACCGUGGUGUCACUCCAAGGCAAGGGCUACGGGCUCCGCACCAACGACGGCUCGAGCUGGGCUGUUUUCGAUGCUGAGGAUGAACCGGCUCAGAUCAAAGGCCCCCCUGUCGAGUAUGGUGAGAGCGAAUCGACGUUCGCAGGUCAUUUGAGAGAGUGGUUUGGGCUUCUGGACGACAAAGCUAGACAUAAGCUUGAGAAGGCGACCCAGAAAAUCAUUGAGACUGGAAAGGCGAAGCCAAGCUCAUAG